AUGUCUUACCAACAGCAGCAGUGCAAGCAGCCCUGCCAGCCUCCUCCUGUGUGCCCACCCCCAAAGUGCCCUGAGCCUUGUCCUCCAAAGUGCCCUGAGCCUUGUCCUCCUCCAAAGUGCCCAGAGCCUUGUCCUCCUCCAAAGUGCCCCGAGCCUUGCCCUCCUCCCCCAUGCCAGCAGAAAUGUCCUCCUGUGCAACCUUCUCCACCAUGUCAGCAGAAGUGCCCACCCAAGAGCAAGUGA